CUCAAAGCAAAAAAAAUCAUCAAGAAAAAGUAUAGUUUUCCCAAAAGUUAAACUACUAGUUUUUGUUUCUGUUAUCAUUACUUCAUGGCGUUUUUUCCAGUAGUCUCCAAUAGUUUUUGUCUAUCAUGAGUUUUUAUUUCUGUAUUUUAUAUGUUUAUAAUCACUUACGUGUGUAUAUAUCAUAUAAUCUGAUUUUAUAUGAAUGUGAAAGAUGACUAAUAAAAGUAUAUUAUUUCUGUAUUAGGAUGGAAACUGGAGAACCGUCACUACCAAAAAAAGCUAGAGCUGGAUAUCUGCAAUGGACAUCUCAAGAGAGUCAAUUGUUGAUGCGCCUUCUAGUUGAUGGUAUCAGGCGGGGAUGGCGUGAUUCAAAUGGCUCCAUGACCAAAACAACAGUCGAGGCGAAGAUAUUACCGGUUCUAAACAAACAGCUUCGAUGCAAUAAGAGUUACAAGCAUUACACAAAUCGAAUGAAAUCUUUGAGAAAAGAAUAUAAUGGUUAUGCUGAGCUUUUGCGAUGUAGCUCUGGUUUUGGCUGGGACCCUAUCACAAAACGAUUCACAGCUCCAGAUGAAGUAUGGAAAGAAUAUUUUAAGGGACAUCCAAACUCUGAAAAUAUGCGGGACAACACUUUUGAAGAUUUUGAAGACUUACAAAUCAUUUUUGAAAGUGCUACAGCAAGGGGAAACAACUCAUUUGGACUCGGUGAUGAUGCAAAUGCUGAAGCUUUUGAAGUUGAGAAUGAUUUUCAAGAAAAAGAAGAUGAGAUUCAUACAGAGAAUGUCAUUGAAACCAAUGAAACCACACGUAGAGCUUCUAAAGAAAAGUUGCCUUCUAGGAAGAGAGUGAAACCCAAUGGUGAUGGAGAUGCAUCAGGGUCAAUUAAUCCUGGUGAUCGUUCUGAAAAGGUGCUAACUGAAAUGAUUGGAGUGAGCACUAAUAUCAUGAACCUUAUGCAACAAAGAGAAGAAAGACAUCAAAAAGAAGCUGAAGAAAAAGAAGCUGAAAAGAGAAAGAAUAAUGUAUGGGAUGCAAUCAAAGAGAUUCCUGACUUGGAACAGGAUAUAUGCUAUGAUGCAGUAACUAAAAUUCAUACGUUGAAUAUGAAAGACGUAUUUCUUAGGAUGAAGGUUGAAGAACGCUUGGGUUGGAUCCGACGUAAUGUUUAGGAUAUUAUUUUAGGCUUUAGCUAUGCAUUUAAUUUGAUUUGAAUAAUCGUGCUACUAGCAGUAGUCUUUCUAGUUUUUAUUUGAAAUAAUGUCUUUUGUUUUCUUCCAAUAAUAAAAAGUCUAGCUUUUUUA